CAUGAGCAGCGUGUUGUUGGUCCGACCAUGUUGUUAAGAGAGUGUGAUGUCCUCCAUCCCCGACUCUCAACUGGGCCUUACGCAGAGCGAAAUCCAGCUGCUCCGCCAACACCAGCAGAUUGCCCUCUCGCACGCCGGCAGCUCGUCCUCGCGCGCAGCUUCGCACGCCUCCAGCCAAGGCCGCCUCCUACUGGAUCCCUCAAGCCUGCAGGCGCUGAGCGCCCACUUUGACCGCUUGAUGUAUUCCAUCCAACAGCGAUGGCACUCACUCAACCAGCAAACGCAAACCGCAACCCAAGUCCAAUAUGACCGCGCGGGCAACGCGAUCCAGAUGGCCGAUGCCGAAAUCGCCCGCUUUCGGGCCAUCCUGCGCGAAAUCGACGAGCUGCAGGUCGAAUUCGACAAGGUGCGCCGCAUUGGCGAGAUUGUGAAAGGCUUCAAGGCCCGCGUUGAACACCUUGAGCGGCGUAUCUGAGAUGCUCCUUCCUCAAUCGACUCCCACCCACCGCAUUACCUCACAUCAACCACGCUUUAUCACGCCCACAUACACAUUCCUUACAUUCACGAUUUACGACACUGGCACCAGACCUAUCAUGUCCUCGCGGACGGUAUAUUUCCACACUAUAAAGAUCGGAGGCCUCGCGGCACAAAAUUAAAUCAUUAGCGGAUAUU